GGCAUGUGCAAUAUGAGGAAUACGUGAAAGUUGCGGUGGCACCGUUAUCAUAGAAUUACGCCCCCAGCAACCACUUUGCGACUGGUCGAUACCGCGAAAAGGGACAGGCGCUGUGUUGCGCUCCCCCAAGCUCGGUACCAAGUUCGCGUGUUCCUGCGCCUGCGCCCAUCAAUGAUGAUGCUUCUACCAUCGGCGUUGUGAAUGCUUUCGGAACCUUUUUCACUAGUUGAUCACGCAGAGGGAGGGCGCGAGUGCGGUGUUUCGAGCGCGGGCGGCUACUGGAAACAUAUGGCUCUACUCUGAGGCAACACUACGAGGUCCUCGUCCCGUGACUCGUUCAGAAGCAGUCGUUUCAUUGUCACAGCGAGUAUCCGCCAACGUUGAAGGCCAUCAAGUAUCGCUGGAGCAGGUUUCUCGGUCGAAAUAUGUCGCUGCUUACCAAAGAUGAAGAAACUACAAGCGAAUCACUGCUCUCGAAGAAACGCCGCACAUUCAGAGGGAUCUACGAUGCCGUGCAGACUCGUCAUGUGCUGGCACUUAUGGGAUUCUUGGGCUUUGUCAAUGUGUAUGCACUAAGAGUGAACUUGAGUGUUGCCCUGGUUGCCAUGGUUAACCACACUGCAAUCCUUGCUAACAACACACCUUCAUCAGGAGAGGAAUGCAAGGCAUAUUCGGCAAAUAGCACCAAAGAGAAGGUGCAGGAUGGAACGUUUAUAUGGAACGAAUAUGAGCAAGGGAUCAUACUGGGAGCAUUCUUCUAUGGCUACGUCAUCACCCAGAUUCCUGGAGGUCGUCUGGCCGAGCGGAUUGGAGCCAAAUGGCUCUAUGGGCUUGGUGUGCUUGUCACUGCCCUGCUUACUCUUCUGACUCCAGCUGCAGCCUCUUGGAACAUCUAUGCCUUUGUCACCCUCCGAGUCAUGAUGGGCCUUGGUGAGGGAGUGACCUUCCCUGCAAUGCACGCCAUGAUAGCUCGGUGGCUGCCGAAGGAUGAGCGCAGUCUGCUGUCUACGAUUAUCUACUCGGGUGGCCAGAUUGGCACUGUGGUGGCCAUGCCUUUAUCUGGCAUACUGUGCGACUCAACCUUCCUUGGUGGCUGGCCUGCUGCUUUCUACGUCUUUGGCCUGAUUGGUGUAGUGUGGUUUGUGUUCUGGGCCUUCCUGGCGUACAACAGCCCUCAGGAGCACCCGCGUAUCAGUGAUGAGGAACGCAUCUACAUUGAAACCAACCAGGGUGAAGAACAGGCUCGAGAGAAGUUGCCCAUCCCAUGGCGUGCCGUGCUGACUUCAGUGCCAUUUUGGGCACUGAUGGUGACUCACUUUGGCCAGAACUGGGGCUUCUACACGCUUCUAACUGAAAUGCCCAGUUAUCUCAAGAACAUCUUGCACUUCGACAUCAAGAAGAAUGGGUACCUCUCGGCAGUGCCGUACCUCUUGGGGACAUUCUCCAGCUGGGGAGCGGGAUAUCUGGCUGACCACAUACGGCGAAAAGACCUGUUCACGACCAGCAUCAUUAGGAAGUUCUUCAAUUCUGUUUCAUUCUUUGGAACAGCCAUCUGCCUGUUUAUUGUGACCUUUGCGGGUUGUAACGGAUUCCUCAACGUAAUUCUUUUGACCAUUGGCAUGGGCCUCAACGGCUUCUGUUUCUCAGGCUACAUGGUGACCCAUGUUGACAUGUCCUCGGACUUUGCAGGUACUCUGAUGGGAAUGACGAAUGCCUUCGCUAACUUCGCUGGCUUUCUGGCACCUCUCGCAGUUGGGAGCUUGACAAACAACAAUGAGACAAUCGCACAGUGGAGCAUCGUUUUCUACAUUGCUGCCGGCGUGUACGUCUUCACGGGCCUCGUCUUCGUACUCUUCGGCUCGGCUGAGCUGCAGCCUUGGGGGCUGUAUGCACAAACAUGUGGCGGCAACUUUGCGGGGCCUUUGGGAACUCUGGGGACAGGAAAUCUGUCGGCCGACACCCCUUACCAGGCCACGCAUGAUGACGGCACGCCGGAGAGUCCCAAGUCUGAUGAUGCUUUUCCCACUGAAGCAUAUUGAUGUGCUCGGUUACUGCAGAUGAGGCAAUUGUGUCUGUCUCCAUCUCACCAUAACUUGGCAAGCAGGAAAAGGCUGCGUGCCAGAACCUCGCAAUGUAGGUGGAACAAAGGCCUUCACAUUUUAAUGUAGCUCGCAAAACCUUGAAUGUUUUUUAAAGAGAGCGCUAAGAUGCAUUAAAAAAUUUUUGCCUUUAGCUGCCCUCAAGCUAAUGUGCUUCUAUAACAUGCUUGACUUAAGGUAUCUUGGGUUAGAUAUCUUCGAGCCACAAACUUAAUAUUUUAAGAUACCAAGGUUGAGCAUAUGAGUGCCUGGCUCAAGCGACAGCUGCUAGACACUGUGUGGAUAGUUAUAGCCACUGAAUCUCAAAUUUCGCUAACAUCCACAUCAGUACACCAUGUUAAACAUAGCUGCUUAAGGAGUGCUUUCUAAACAGUGUCUUAGCCUUGCCAGGAGUACUAAAGCAGUUAUAUGCAUGGAGCAUAAAGUAAUCUCCUGCUUUACUCUUGCACUCGCCACAGUGGCUCUAUGGUUAUGGCAUCCUUCUGACAGAGCCCAAGGCUGUGGGUUCCUUCUGAACAAAUACAAGAGCACUUGUGUAUUGAGAUUUGGGUACACAUUAAAUAUCCCCAUGUGAUUUAUUAGUGAACCUCCUUUUGCAGAGUGUCUCGUGGCCCAGAUUUAGUUUUGGGACAUUAUUGUUAGGCAAGUUACACUAUUAUUAGGUAAAUUUGGUUCAUUACAUUAGGUAAAUUAUUUUACUUGUCUGGUACAUGACACACUGCAGCCAUAGUGGCAGCCAUGUUGCCAACUGUUGCAUUAGCAUUUUGUGUGGUGGCUCAGUGGCUGUGGUAUUCGGAUGUUGAGCAUGGGGUUACAUGAUCGAACCUCGACAGCAGCAGCUGCAUUAUGAGUAUGGCAUGCAAAAACACUCGUGUACCUUGCUUUGGGUGUAUGUUAAAUAAUGCCCAAACGAUUAAAAUUUAUCUGGACCUCUCCACUGCAGCAUCUCCCAUAGCCACUGUUAUCUCCUUAGGAUGCCCUUUGUAAUUGGUGAGCUGGUCACUGAUGCUUUAAUGUUUUGCCAAGUCAUGGUGAGAUUGAAGCAUACACAUUCCAAAAUGCUAACAAACCCCAAUACAGCCGAACCCAGUUGUAUGGCUUAUGCACGAAAUGUAGUUUGUUAUAUCAGAUAAUUUGAUGCACCAAAAUUCACCUAUAACAAAUUUUAGCAAACUUUUAUGAUGUGUUCGUUAUGUACACAUUCGUGUUUCCCAGUGGAGAAAAGAAGCAAGGAACGAAUUCAAUUUAUUGAAAGCAAAACUACGCUUAUUCUGCUGCGCCAAGCCCCUGACCAAGCUGGGUCAUCACGAGGAAAAAUGUUUGUGAGGGCAUCUUAUAGACUUUUGACGUUCUCACAUGUACGCCUGAAAAAAAAAAAGCACAAAAAAGAGAAAGAAAAAAAUUGACGACAGCUCUCCCAAAACACUGUGUUUGCUCCAUGCCAGCAACAUUAUGGUGCUGGCAGCGGAUUAUCGAAGUUUGAUAUAUCCAAUGACUAGUUUGUUAUGAGGAAGUUAUUUCACAUCAGUGUCGUUCAGUUAGUUGAGUGAGUGCAACAUACAGAAUACUUCGUUUUACCCAAGUUCUUUAUAUUCUGGUUCGACUGGAUCCAAUUUUCUUAUGGCACUUAAUGCUUCUCGAUUGUGCUACCAGACUUGUUAUGCAAACCCUGUUUAUACCCAAGACUCGAUGCAUUACCUUUUUUGACCUGAUGUGGAAAGCCAAUGUUACUUGCUGCUGUGAAUAACUUCUUCUUGGGUGGGUUGGUGUUUACUUAACAUGUUGCUUUUUAGCGCAAAAAAGUCGAAGAAAAGAAGACAGUGAGAGGCGAAAGGAAAGGAAAGACAAGCGCUACUUACAACUGUUUAUUCUGAAAAACAGAGCAUCCCAUAUAGACACAAGAAUGCACAUGCGCAAAUGCAUAAAACAAGCAAAGGACAUCAGUCAGCGGAAGGCAGUGUUAUCCAUUUUAUAUGCCAAGCAAUCUGAAUUAUGAAUCGUAAAGCGUAACAGAAGUUUGACUCACGCAAGCUAGACCAAUGCUAUGGAUAUGGAAGGCUCAUAUGGAUAAGGCUGAUAUGGAUAUGGAACAGUUCACGUGCGGUUUUUUUUUUUGCUUCUGCCUAGGAUCCUGACAUCAAAAAACAGUGAUUCACAGUUGGGACAAGACCUGUAAUGCACAGACAGGUGUGCAGUCGUAUCUUUCUUUAAAAUAUUUGCGUGCUCUCUUAUUCGGUCAUUGACGCAAUGCGCAGUUUGCCCAAUGUAGCACUUGCCACAGCUGAGCGGCAUCAGGUAAACCAUUCCAGUGGAGCAACACACAUAACACUUAACAUGUUGUACUGUACACCUGUUUGUAGCGCCACCCGUGAUUCGGGGGCAGAGACUGGCCAGCUUGUUUGGGGCGGAAAAGACCACGGGUACUCCAUACCUGUUCGCCACUUUCAUGAGAUUGUGGCUAACCCUGUGAAGGUAUGGGACGCUCUGUUUUUCGAAAUAAACAGUUGUAAAUAAUGCUCAUUUUUCCUUUCCUUUCGCCUCUCCCUGUCUUCUUUUUUUCGAGUUUCUUGCUCUAAAAAGCAACAUUUUGCUGCUGUGACUCUGUGCUUUGAAUACUUGCCUCCUAUACCAACCUCAGGUCAGUGCCACUUUAUUUAUGCCUCCGGAUGCUUCAUUUUCAUCGGGUAACAUUCCAAAAGUUUUCAGCUUUGUUAAGGAAACUGCGAGUAGUCUUAGUAGAUGCUUGAUGCCCCUGAGCCCUUUAAUCACCUUGGGAACAAAUCCCUAGGCCAUUAACUUAUUUUUGAAUUAAUUGUUUGUAACGAGCACUUCAGUUUAGAAGCUUGCUGCAUAUUCAUUCAGUAGCUGGAGUUUGGAGGCAGAACUGCCUUUGCAGUCUCACUCUUAAAGACUGAAUUUUGCUGUAGCAUUUAUAAUUUUUUUUUUUCUGUCGGAACACUCAAUCACACAUGGAUGAUUCUUUAGACAGAAACUAGGCGAGAGACUGUUUUUGUUUUCUUGAGUAUCAUUGACCAACAGACUUUUGACUGAUAUCUAUACAUGUGAGCAUCCUGAGCAUAUGCUGAUUUUGCCGUGGCAGCAUAUGCUCGAAAUAUAUAGGAUAAAACAGCAGUGCAGGAAAAUUAAUGUUUAAUGUAUAUUCAUCUUUUGUGUUGAAGUUCACACAAAACAUGACGUACGACGGUCUGUAAGUUUGAGUGUAAAGGUGUUUACAAGCUAUGCGAUCAAAUGUUUUAAGUAUAUGUACCACGAAAGUGACAGAAUAUCUAAGAAAAAUAGUCGUAAGCUCAGGACAGAUUCUGUCCAAACUGACGUAUGCUUGCUGUGUGGCUUGUCUGAUAAGCAUGUACUGCACACUUGUUGUAAUACAAAGUGAACUUCAAUUCUUGAGAACAAGCAACAUUGAUUUUAUGUGCCAUCACAUUCAUGUUUGGCACCACAAGCCUGGGAAAACGUAACGAUUCUAUUCCAAUUCUAUUCCAAUUCUGUUCCAAUUUUAUUCCUUUUCACGCUUAUUCAGUGGUCAGAGCUGUGCUUCACCUGCGUUAUCGACUAGAUCAGCAGGUUGUGAACGGUGGGUGAUAAGAAAGAAAAUAGAAAUAAGCACAAGGAAUUGCUACAUUAUAUCAUGUCAUGCUUUUCUCUGGCACUGCACAGGCUUACAGUACAUGGCUCAUAGGCUUAAAUUGAAGGAAGUGACUUUGAUAGCAGCAAUUGGAAUGCGCUUGCAGUAAGGACACAGAUGUGUGCCAGAUUUAAUGAAAGGCACCUUCCAACCAUGCAACGUUAGAUGAAAUAGCAGUACGCUCGCCUGCAAGUUGUCGGCAUGUAGCACUUUAAUAUGGUAAAUAUCACAUGUGCAGUUUUUAGUGGGAUGAGCAGGCCUCAGUUUGUAUAUGAUGCUGCAGUUUCCUUUGUUUCUUUUGCGCUACCUGCUUUGGUGACUUAGUAGCUGCAGUGUGCUGCUGUGGAACAUGAAUUUGCAGGUUUGAUUCCCAGCCAUGGCAGCCACAUACAGAUUUUGACAUGGUACAAAAAAAUGCUCAUUUAAAUUAUUGUAGGUGGUAAUUACUAAUCCAGCAGCGGUAUUCCUUUGCGAUCACUUUCACAAAAUUUCAUGUCACUCGGCAGCAGAUGUGUUGGCAUCUAUACAGCCAUCAGCGCUUCUCGGACAUUGCCAGGAACCCAUACAUGUCCAGUGCCGAGUAAUGCAAAAUAUAAUGAAAAUGCUCAUAUCCCAAAUUAUGAUAAUUCAAGAGUACCGCCUCAGCACCCUUCGCUGUGAAAUCCCUUGCAGAACAGGCACUACUUCAGGACAUUUCAUUAAACCAACUUGUCUCUUGUUUUCUGUUGUUCAGUUAAUAUAGCCGCCAAAUAAACCUAAAGGACACUGAAAGCCAACACUGAAGGCUACGAGUGUUUGUUCGCUUGGCCAAUUAGUGAGCAAGGUGGUCACUCAUUUCUGAAAAAAGUUGGGCUCCUAUUAAAGCCACAGGAGGCAAGGGAACAUGGUAACCCUAUCUUCUCCUGUGCCCUUUCCUGAAGCGCACAUACAUGUGAAUAAUUUUAUUGUUCAAGUUUGUUCUUAAGCCUUCUAAGGCGUUGCGGGUCAUGCUCAGACAUUUAAUUGUACGCGUAGAAAAAGUCUGUGAGUAAUAGGCCUAGGCCAACUUUGAUGGCUUUGCAUAUGGUGAAUGGGUAUUUGUUUAGUGCAGAAGUGUGGAAUAAUGUUUUAUGGGUAAAAUCUUCCAAUAGCUCCCCGUCAGAACAUGGUACACAACUCGCGUCACUAGCAUGCUGUUGUAUCGGCGAGGAAGAUUUCAUGGAAAAUGGUUUAACGCAUGCUGUUUCUGUGGAAUCUGUUUCUCUGCCAUCUGAACAGUGCAGCUAAGUGAACUGUUGCUAGCCAUUCAUCUGCUAUGUGCAAUUGACUGAUUCUUUAACAGUACUGUGCGAGCGUCGACCGGUUAGCGCCUUAACUGUGCGAAGUAACGAGAUCGGCAAGAGUGAGCAUGCGCGAAGGAGUACUGCCACUCAAAGCGCAAGCUUCGUCUGCUAGGCUCUUCCCAUAGGCAUGAAACCACCCCUGUCGUGAUUAACUCAGUGGAAGCUUCUCUAUUUAUUGGAGACAGCAAGUGUACGGGAACCUGGAUGUGUUUUUUUAAACAUAUGCCGCCAUAGUCCAGAUGCACCAUAAGAGAAAGAACAAGGUGUGCAAAAGGAUAUAAUACAGUUGCAUUGCUGCUUUGCACAUUUUGUUAUUUUCCCAUUAUUAUCUUGUGCAUGCGCACUAGAGAAGCACAGGCUAAAAAAAAGAAGAAAUAAAAAAGUCGCAAGCCAGGGGCACAAGCUCCUGCUGUCUCCAAUAAGCCGGGAAGCUUGCGCCAAAUUAGCCGUGCGAGGGGCUGUGUCGUGCUGGUAGGAAGAGCCCAGCAGAUGAAACUUGCGCUUUGAGUGAACUUAGUGUCACUUGAAGCGCCACUCUUAGCUGAUCACUUAGCUGAUCACUUAGCGCCACUCUUGCUGAUCUUGUUGCUUCGCGUCGUUAUAAGGCCCUGUCCGGUUGGCCAGUAAACACUCGCACAGUACAGUCGAAGAAUCGGUUGACUGUGCCUUUCUUUUCCUUUCCUCAACCUUAUGCCUCAAAUGCUAGUUGACUUAAUUAACUGACUUCGCAGUUUCCUUAAGUCCAAUUCAUUUUCUUCCUUAACUAAUUUACCAUGGCUUUCUCGACACUUUUCUAUCAAUAUCUGCAAUGAAACGAACAUCUCUGCUUGCCCAUAUUUGAAUACUCAGGGCUCUUUUAGUGUACCUAGCCUGUAUUGCUUCGAGGCACCCUAAAAAUUUCUGAUCAGGCAUCACCUAGCUUCAUCAAUUGCCCAGUCGUGUCUGAGUUGUACUAUUUUUUUUUCACCUGGUGUUGCCACACAGUAUAAUAUCAUGCCACGUGGCAGCAGUAUAGUCGGGUGUAAUUUUGAGCUUGUUUAACUUAAGAUGUGGUGGGCAACUUAAGUACUGUCUAAUUUUAUUUAAAACAUUUACUGCUGGUUCAAGGAAAAGGUCCUAAUGCGAUUGUUCUGCUGUGGCCAAUUUUGUUAAAAUUCAAAGCCUGGAUAUGGGCGCUAGAUUCACCAGGCAUGCAGAAGUCAAAAUUCUUUGUAACGUGAAGGCUGUACAGUGCAGUUGUAAGUACGUACUAGUAUUGUUAUAGGCAGUCUAUGUCGCUGUCAUUCUUUCCCCGAGUUAUUUUUAAACAGUUGCGUUAUCUAAUCAUCAGUGGGAAAGCUUCAGUGUGCAAUAUAUAGUCUGCUUUAAAUGUUGUGCUUAUUUUGUUUUGUGAUGUUCUUGUUGUCGUGCACUGUCUUGUACAUAUAUGUCCACCUUAAGGGACUGUUGAAGAUGUUGCCAAAUGCCAAGUUCCUACCAUCUUUGUGUUGUACACAGACCUUUCUGCAUUAUUCUGUACACAAAUUUUGCAUGUGUAAGUGUUUGUGCAUGGCGAAGGCAGUGAAAUGUCAGUGUACUCGUGGAUGAACUGUGGAUUCUAGCCACCUCUCUGCAACAUAGAUUGUUGAGGGAGAUCUUAUUUUGAGUAUUCUAGACUGUCUCAUCUGAAGUGAAGUUUUGGUAUAUACAGUUGUGGACAACUUUUUCCGGCUACAAAGGCAAACAGCAGAACCAAAGUUCAUACAUACUACUGCUGCUGCUGCUCAGAAAAGCACUGUAAUUUCAUUUACUCUUCCAACAUGAGGAACUCAAAACAUAAUUGCUUUACUUACCACAGCAUGCAAUGCUGAAAUAUGGAAAGAAAUUUAGUAUUUACGAGUUGGUAAGACAUUUUAUUUAAUUGUUUAGCUUUGCUCUUGUGAGUUUUGUCACACGUGAGACUUUCACGCAUUUUAUGCAUCCUCUAAAACCAAAAUGGCAUUCACUUCACUUGGCAGCCGUCCUUCAUCUGUUGGCCUGCCAGCCAACUCGAAAUUGCCUCCGAGACAUGUGAAGAGUUUCUGCAACAAAUGGUGGACAUGACGGGGGAAACAAAUGGUGUGCAACAUUUAUGCUGAUUUAGUGGUGGCUGUCUUUUAUCAAAGUAAGCAAACGACACGAAAUUGGACACAUUGAAGCUGGCAACCAUGUCACCCAAACUAAUUUGCACAGUAAUUAAUGUGCAGAACCACCACCUCCAUAGCUUUUUCAACACAGCCUUCAUGGCCAGGAAAGGGUUGUCCGUGAGAACAGCUGUAAUGAUUAUAUCUAACAUUAUUAGAUUAUUACUAUUGUGUUAGUUGUAAUGUAAUUCAUGCCGUGACAACCUGUUGCUGUUACUGAGCAUCUACCUUACUGCUCUGGCUGCAUUACUGUUAUAACUGAGGCAGAAAUGGGGAAUGCUGAACAACUUAAUGUGUGAAAAAUGUACACUUUAGAGGAGCUCUUGUUUGCACAUGUGUAGUCUUCGGUACUCAUCAUAGCAGACUACUGGUGCCACAAGAAAAUGUUGCAUGUGCAUUAUGUAAUAUUGCACAUUUUGUACAGCAUAGGGUCAAAAUGUGUGCAGAACAAAAUGAUAAGAGUGUGUGGUUGUAGCAGUGUGUGGCCACAGUCGAACUGUCAGCCAGAGUAGCAAGGGGAACACCCCAGAACUAGCCCUUUUCACAGCGGCACUUGAACAAGUUAGUUCAUUCUUGGCUGAAUCAAAACUCUGGUAGGCUUUGUCUAGCCAGGCUUUUAGUUCCUGUCUAGCUGAAUGAGCUUCAAGGUCAAGCAUUGUUUUCAUAUGCACAGCAUUCCACUGUAACUGGGCCCAGCCGUAUUGGCAAGUUUCAGCCAGUUAUUUUUAUAUGGUUGUUGUUGAAGGAUUUGAUUGUCUGUUGGCCACAGCUGUCAUUCUUGAUGGAAUAGAAUGGUGAUGCAAAACAUCCACGCCGUGGAGCUGUUUUCACAUGAUGUGGCAAAUGUUUCAAAAGCUUGAGAGCUGUUGCACUGUUUAUCUUGGCACGGAAAAUUGUGCUGCGUGUUUACACCUUUUGCAGCAUGUUAUCAUUAAUGCUUGAAACUAAGAUCAGUUUGUUUCUGGGUUAUCUUCAGGCUGUAUUGUGAUUAUGUAUUGCUGCCUGAGAUUUUGUCAUUUGAAUCAUCUAGCAUCGUGGAGCUCAACUUUUCUAGAACCUUCUCCUCUCAGUUAAGGCAUGCCAUUUGUUUAAAUGCACAACCGUCGCAGUUCCUAGUGUGCUUUCCUUUUCUCUCCUUACUCAUCUUUACUCAGAGAUUUUACUAAGAGUGUUUACUUGUAAGAAAGUUUACCUUAUUUUUUGCUUAAGCCAGCUUUUUUUACAAAGAAUGAGAAUGCUCCUUGUACCCCAUGUGGUAUUCAUUGUUUUCUGCUGUGCCGCUGUUUGAGUUGCUCCACGUCAAACUGGUGGGAAAAUGUGUUAUGUAGUGUAGUUGGUAUUUUAGUUGAAUAAUAUUUAACUUUGAAAGUUGUGUGUUGUAAAGAUCCUCAUAACCUAGCUCUGUGUUUGAUACAUAAGAGGCCCGAUUAUCUAAUCUAUAGAUAUUAUGACGUCGCAGAAAUGAAUUGCAUAAGUAAAGCUUGCUCGCUUUUAGGAUACUGCACUGUGGACCAUUUGACAAAGCAAUAUGUACUUCUUGCUUAUGGGGGUUAUGUUUUUGUCACACGUGCAUGUUUGCCAGGAACUAUCAGUAGAUGUGCACAUCACCAUGACAUAAUUUGGCAGCGCUUAGAUGUGCAACUGGCAUUGUUAAAGUAAGCGCACAUAGCUUUUCACUGAAUUAACACCAAGAGAGUGGCUGUGUAAUGUUGAAUCUACAGCCUCGUUGAAGAAGCCGGAGCAUAUUUUCAUACAUGCUUUUUUGAUGGGUCAAAAUCCUGUACUCAAAGUACAACCAGUUCAUGACCAAUGUUGCUAUGGCAAUCAUAUAUUAAUAUGAUUUUGUCUUUUAGUCUGACAUUAGCAUGUAUUUAGUGAUAUUUACCACAUUCUCAUGUCUUCGAUCAUGUUGUCUACUUUACAAGUAAUUGUUGCAUGCAGACCCCACUUAUUUUACUUUGUAAAUAGCUUAGAAUUGCAUGGUAAUGCACCUUAUUGUUACUUAUAACUCCAUCUUCAUUUUUUUGUCAUGCUUUUAAUUUCUAUGAUAAAGAUGAAAAAGAAAAGAAAAACUUUCGUGUUUUUGUUUUUCUCUUUGGUAAGCUGCAAAGAGAUUUGGCAUGCUAUUUUUAUUAUUUAUAAGAAAUAUGUUUUGCAAGCGCAUGCAGUCAGAUGCUGCGGGAGCUACGUGCACAUCUUGACGCAUUGCUUAAUAUUUUGUAGGUGCAGUGCAUGCACCCUACAGUUUUGGUGCACUUGUAUGCUAGUAUUAUGUUACAGGCUGCUGUUAUAUGUCUAUGUUUACUGAGUGGACGUUUUCUUUUUUCAUCAGUUAUGACAGCAUAAAUGCCGAUAGUACUGUAAUGGUUGUGUGUUAAGCCCAUGGUGCAGACAUUUACUGUGUCUUACCGUUUAUGACUGUUUGUGCAUCACUUCCAAGUAUACAGAUUAUUUCUGGCUGGGCACCUAUUGGAAGAAAUUUUUAAGAGUAAUCUGUGUAGUACUGUAAAGGGUAAUUCUGUAAGAAAUUUGCACUAGGGUAAUCUAACAAUCUAUAUGGACUCUUUAGUGCUCCAUUAUUUCUGAAGAGACAGAGAAGGGCAUGACACACACAAUGGCAGUGCUAGAACAUGGUUAGAAGCCUGCAAACGCACAUGUUACCUAGUGUAGCCAUGCACACAAGCAGCAUUUUGUCACCUGUUCACCUAUUGAUGGUGUAAAGUUGAGUUCGGUACACAUCUAUGCUUUGAAAGGAGCACCAUGGCUCCACAAAUUUGCUCUGUGUAGCAGCUGUAGUGCUAGAACAAACAAUACGACUGGAAUAGAUCUGUUUAGCAUGAUACUGCCUCCUGGUAACAUUGGUGGAGCAGUUGGUAGCUGUGGCAGACCGUUUUAUAUCUCUAGUGGAUCAAGAGCUGGUGGGGUUUGAGAAGUAGUGCAAUAGAGUAUUCCAACCCUAUGUUAGAACAUGCUUUUUUGUCAGCGUGGAGAAGGGACCACUGCUGCAAUUUGGCCAGCAUGUAACACAGGAAAUAAGAGGUAAACCACAGCACACGGGCGUUACUGGUGGUGCAAGUUAUUUUGCAACAUUUAAAGCAAAGCCCCGCUGUCAAGUUAAGAUGUUGGUAGUGAGCCCACACACCCUGACCAAAGGCAUUUAUGCAGUAUGCUGGCCAAAUAGGAACAUACUUUAGUUGAGGGAGCAAGUAUAUAUAGCUUUUCCUACUGUAAAACUGCCAAAUGCUCUCAAGCUGUUCCUUUCAGGGCCUCAACUCGGGCAAAGUGCUAGAUGUGUAGUAUAUUGCAUUAACGAGUGCGAGAAAACAUCGAUGUGGAAAAGACUAUUUAAGGAUGCUUUGCCCUGGCAUACAUGCGUACAGCCCCUUGCAUGUUAAAAGGUUGCUUUCUCAUUGUGAUGCAUAGAGUGAAACGGUUCACUUAUAUCUAUCAUCAAAUGCAGAUAACUGGACACAUCUUUAUAUUUAAAUUGAUGGGUCCUAAGGUAAGGAAAAUGCAGAACAAGGUGGCAGAGAUUGGAUGUUGAGAUUAGGAUAUUUGCUGGUACAGGGUGAAUUCAGUUGGUGCAUAGCAGAAGUGGAAAACUUGGGGAGAGGUUCUUGUGGCUGCAGCGAAUGUAAUCAUUCUGAGAAUGAUGAUAAUGCUUAAGGCCGCACAGUGGAUGGUGUAACAAUUCUGCAGUAACAGUCCUUAUUUCAGUGUAGCAGUAUCGCUGCCAGAAUAACAUUGUAGUAUUGGAACUGGCCUGUUGUGGUGCCGACGGUCCCAGGAACGGCAGGUUAAUGCAGCUGCUUGGGCCAGGACCUUUAGGUGUUCUAAUCAUGUGCUGAUAUUGUGCAGUGUUCAUCACCAAUUGUUGUGCCACCGCAGUAUAUGCUAGGUCAGUCAUCCAAAGGACCUUGCAUUGUUUUCCGCCAUAAUGAAUACAUCAACUCAAACAUUCAAACAAGGUUGGCUGAAUUAAUAGAAUCAGUUUUGCAUUCCAUAUGGAGUACUUCGUUUUCGGAAAGAUGGCUGUUAAAACAUAAAGUGUGCUUUAAUGUUGUGGGAUGUUUCACACUAAUGUGGUAAUGCUGCUGUUGAAGUAAUGGGUGCAUGACCAGCUGCUAAAGUACAUUCUUGUCUUGCCUUUAUGGAAAAAACUAGUUGAUAUUACAUUGAUAACAUUGUCUUACUAUAUUGAGUAUCUUUAUCUUAAAACUAAGGAAGCUUAAUUGGGAUGUGCAAAUCGUAAUUUUAGGGUUCUUGUGCAGUAGGAAAGGGUUGUAAGGAACUACAUUCGGCAAUUUUAAGAGGAAGCUGAUAGUAGCGUGUGCUAGUUACAGAUUACAGGAAAAAAGUAACUGAUUACAAUUACAAUUACUUCUUUCAAAAAUGUGAUUGAUUACAUUUACAAGUUACUGUUCCACGGAAGCAUUUGAUUCAUUACUAAAAUGUAACUGAUUGCUUCAACUUUACUUGUCUCCUUUCUUUUAUUAAAAUUGCACAAAUACAGUAAAUAGAACGAGCUGGCUUGGCUAUUUUAUUGCAUUCACUGCACUCUUUCACGCAUUGUUUAUCUUCAUUAAGGGUAGCCUUUCAAAAUUUUCUUCGGUAAUCUUCCCUUGUUUUCUUGUGAAAACAGCGAUACGGAAAACUCGCUCGACGUGCAUACUGAAGAGGAGGGCUGUGUUGUAGCAUAUGAGCACCUUGCUCACAAGACGGUGGCUACUCAUUGUUGUAAUGCUAGGAUCUGGGUCCUGUAUAAAUUGCAGCACUUCACUGUUACUGGGGUUAGGGGAAGGCACACCCAAUGGGACCAGUGAGAAACUGCAAAAUUGUCCAUAGCCGAUUCCCUGGCAUCGGUGUUUGAAGUGGCCAUUGCUGCGUAGAAGUGCCAUUUGAAUUUGUCAGAUAACACCUGGUAAACUUGCCGCUUGGCAUCCUUCAUUCUUUGGCCAUUUAGACUUAAAAGCUUAUGUAAUUUGUAAUCAAUGCCUACAAACAUUCGUGCUCCUUGAAAAGUAGGCCAAAUCUGUAAUGUAAUUUAAUAUAGUGCUGCAUAUUAUUCAGUCCUAAGAUAUUGUUUGUGUGUCACAAUCACAGGAAUAAGCAUAUGCGAGUCAUGUAUAUACAUCAAAGAUAUAGAAACAUGUGCAGUUAACAGCCAAGAACUGUCUGCAUCAGAGAAAUCAUGGACUGCACUAAGGGAAAAGGAAUUGAGCAGCAGGUCUUGCUGCUCUGUGAAGACCACUUAAAAGUAAUUCCACGACAGAGAAAGUGAGAGAUUUACAAGAAAAAGUCAAGUCGGACUUCCAAGAGAGGUCUGCAAAUCUGCUAGCCUGCCAGGUUCAUGUGAUUGAGACAUAGCUGCAGUAUGGUGAUAGUGGAAGGGAGGUAGCCCAUGUACAUGUUUUCAUUCAUUUAACCACUGUAGCUUCCACAAAAUUAAAGUGCUCAAAGCUGUGUCACCUGUUUUAGCUUGUUCUGUCAAAAAUGUAACUGGUUACAUUUAAUCGGUUACAGAAAAAAAAAAGUAUUGAAAUUGCAGUAAGCAUCACCACGUGGACAAAGUAAUUGUUAAGAUGUUAUUUAUUGCAAGUAAUUAAUUAUACAUAAUUCGUUACACACAACUCUGGAUAGAUAUGAUAACAGUAAACAAGAGCUCAAGUUUCUUCUGUGGCGAAAAUGCAAAGGCAUAUGGUGGAAUUUCAUAUCAUGUGAAGAAUAACACUGAUUGUGUUCUUCUUUAGCGGUAUAGUGAAGCCUCAAUAAUUAGCUCCUUGACUAUCGGAAUUUUCGGAAAAUAUUUGAUUAGAUAACACUUUUAGAAUGACGACGUGAGCUUCCUAUUUGAAUGCCUCAUACAUUGUUAUGCCUGGUUUUCAUAGCAACUUCAAUGCCAUGCCUAUGCCACCGCAGUUCAGCCACACUUAUUGCGGCAGGCAGCGCCAAACUUUUCUUCCAAAACUAGGAGGAGCUGUCAUGGUUUCAGCAUCAUCUCUAGAAUAUGUGCAUUUCUGGGGUUUUGGCAUUAAAACUAUUAUAAACACUUAUCACAUAUCUUUCAGGUCUGCUUACUAAUGUGAUGAACAAUCACUGGUGCACUGAUAAAUUGAUAAUGUUUAAAUGAACUUGAGUGCAGUGCGUAGAUUCAUGUUGAGGGAAGUUAAAUGUGUGUUGGUUGUAUAAGCUCAAGUUUGCAAGCAUACCAUAAACAUGAAUGGAAAGCAAAGCUUGUGUAAGGUCAGAAACUGAAAGGGAGAGCUAGGAAAUAAAAGGGCAGAUUGAAUUAGAAAACAGGAACAUACAGUCUUCAUCAGAUGUUCUAAAGCCACUUAGCAAGUGACAUCUGUUACUAGCAGGCCCUCUUGCAUGCCCAGAGCUCCCUAGUGUUCCGGAGAAUGGGGAGCAGUUUCUCUCAAUCUCUGGGGUUUUGGAGCAACAGAAGUUCUACAAGGGAUCUCAGUUUGCAGCACAAUGUCAGGUCUGGUCAUGCACACAGCAGCAUAAAAACCUUUGAGAAGAACAGUAUGUUGUGUUUAUAUAUAUAUAUAUAUAUAUAUAUAUGCACAAUUUUGAUUUGUACAUAUACGAAUAAAGCAUAUGGUAAAAGUAUCUUGCAAGUUGUAUCCUGUGGACAAGUUCUAACGAAGUUAUCUAGAAUUGUUGUGAAAAUUGUUGUGAAAAUUGUGAAGUUUGAAAGCGGUGAACUUUAAAUCCUGUAGGCAUUUCAUUGCAACCCCACUGAGAAUUCCUGCAUUAAAGCAGCUUGUUAUGCACCUAUUUUCGUUCUUAGUCGCUGUACAUGCACUUGUGUCUGUGGUUGCUCACGCCAUUUGUGACAUACUGCAUUGCUUUCUUCCUAGCUUGUACAUGUGCUAACUGUUAUUUCUGAGGCUCUGAUUUUGUUGAAGACGCACCCUGAAGACCCACCCUGUAUGAAGACCCACGCUGCAGGCUUGUUCUAGAGUUGGCUUGCAGGAAUGAACAUGAUAGCUGUGUGGUUAGUUGCAGACUGUAUGAAAAUCAGAGGCACUGCAUUUGCACAUACUUGCAAAAUGAAUUUUAACUGUGGAAAGUCUGUCUUUAUGGAGUCAAUUGGAACUCGUUCUGUAUUGAAUAUACGUUGAAUACUUUUUGGUAUGAAGUCAAA